AUGAUUAAAUAUGAGGACCGGACGGGGAAUAAGUCACAUAUUGCUGGCUUCUUGCUCAAACAUUAAAAGGCUCGAUCGAUUGGAAUGAUUUGCAAGUCUUGUGCACGUUGGGUUUCGGCCUGAAAUUCCUUUAUAAGUGUCACAGAGGAGGAAUAUAGGUCCCUUGCAUGUUCCUGAACGCAGCAGCGGGAUGACUGGAUGUGUGAAGAUGGCGGACUGUAUACGUGUUCCCCUUCUCCUGCUGCUGCUGAACAUCAACCUGCUAGUACAGCCGACUCGAGGGGACAACAGCUUUGUCGUGAAACCCGGCGCUAAUGCGGAAAACCUGCAGAACCAACUGGGGGCUGUGGUACCGGCCGGGGUGAACGCAGUCGCCGUUGAGAGGAAUCAGGGCACCGGGGCCUCGGUACAGCGGAGGCGCUCUGCCACCUGGAAGUUGUCUGAGGAGGCGGUGUGCAAGGAAGACCUGAACCGGCUUUGCCCCAAACACACAUGGAACAACAACCUAUCGGCACUGGAGUGUCUGCAAGACAAAAAGGAGGAUUCUGAGAUUGCGGCUGAAUGUAAUCAUUUACUCUGGAGCUACAAGAUGAACUUAACUACUGAUCCAAAGUUUGAGUCUGUCGCAGUAGAUGUCUGCAAGACCACCAUAUCUGAGAUUAAAGAAUGUGCAGCAGAGGAGCUUGGGAAAGGCUACCUGGUGUCCUGUCUGGUGGAUCAUCGUAGCAACAUCACAGAGCAUCAGUGUAAACAGUACAUCACUAAGAUGACCACCAUCGUGUUCAGCGACUUCAGAUUCAUAUGUGGCUUCGUGGACAAGUGUCGUGAGGACAUCAAUACCCUGAUGUGUGGCAGCAUCAAUACUGGAGAAAAGGAUCUCCACUCUCAGGGUGAAGUGAUCGCCUGCUUAGAGAAAGGUUUGGUGCGGGAGGCAGAGGAGCAACCAGGAGCUCACGUCAUCAAGGAUGACUGCAAAAAGGCCAUCAUGAGGGUUGCUGAGCUCUCAUCUGAUGACUUUCACCUGGACCGUCACCUCUACUUUGCCUGUCGAGAUGACCGUGAGCGCUUCUGUGAAAAUACAGUAGCAGGUGAAGGACGGGUCUACAAAUGUCUCUUCAAUCACAAGUUUGAGGAAGCCAUGUCUGAAAGGUGCCGCGAGGCGUUGACUACCCGACAGAAGUUGAUCGCUCAGGACUACAAGGUGAGCUACUCGUUGGCUCGAGCAUGCAAGUCAGACCUCAGGAAGUACCGCUGCAGCGUCGACUCCAGCAUGCCCAGAGCCAGAGAGGCCCGCCUCUCCUACUUGCUGCUUUGCCUGGAGUCUGCUGUCCACAGAGGUCGCGUGAUUAGCGGCGAGUGUCAGGGGGAGAUGAUGGACUACCGGCGGAUGCUCAUGGAGGAUUUCUCUCUGAGUCCGGAGAUCGUCUUACAUUGUCGCAAUGAGAUCGAGGGUCACUGCUCUGGUCUGCAUCGUAAAGGACGGACUUUGCAUUGUCUAAUGAGGGUGGGCCGAGGCGACAUGAGUGCCAUUGAUGGGAACUGUCAGCGAGCACUCCAGACUCUGAUCCAAGAAGCUGACCCUGGAGCUGACUACCGUAUCGAUCGGGCCUUAAAUGAAGCCUGUGAAUCAGUCAUACAGACGGCUUGCAAGCACAUAAGAAAUGGAGACCCCAUGAUCCUGUCAUGCCUGAUGGAACAUUUGUACACUGAUAAGAUGGUGGAGGAUUGUGAGCACAGACUGCUGGAGUUACAAUAUUUUAUUGCUCGCGACUGGAAAUUGGACCCGGUCCUCUACCGGAAAUGUCAGGGUGAUGCUUCUCGGCUUUGUCAUACACGCGGCUGGAACGAGACUAGUGAGAUGAUGCCACCUGGCGCCAUUUUCUCUUGUUUGUACCGCCAUGCCUACCGCUCUGUGGAACAGGGGCGUCGUCUUUCAAGGGAGUGCAAAGUGGAGGUGCAGCGCAUUCUCCACCAGAGGGCGCUUGAUGUAAAGCUGGACCCCGAGCUUCAACGACGCUGCAUGACUGACUUGGGGAAGUGGUGUAGCGAAAAAACAGAGACUGGCCAAGAGCUCGAGUGUUUGCAGGACCACCUGGAGGACCUGGUCCCCGACUGCAGGGAAGUGGUGGGAAACCUGACUGAGCUAGAGUCUGAGGACAUCCAGAUUGAGGCCUUGUUGAUGCGAGCAUGUGAACCGGUCAUUCAGGGCUACUGCCAUGAGGUGGCUGACAAUCAGAUUGACACAGGGGAUCUGAUGGAGUGUUUGGUUCAGAACAAACAUCAGAGGGAGAUGAAUGAGAAGUGCAUGGUGGGAGUGACCCACUUCCAACUGAUCCAGAUCAAAGAUUUCCGCUUCUCCUACAAGUUCAAGACUGCUUGCAAAGAAGAUGUUCUUAAACUCUGUCCAAAUAUUAAGAAGAAAGUGGAUGUAGUGAUUUGCCUCAGCACCACAGUGAGGAACGACACACUGCAGGACGUCAAGGAGCACAGAGUGUCCGUCAAAUGUCGUAAACAACUGCGAGUUGAGGAGGUGGAGAUGUCCGAGGACAUCCGUCUGGAACCAGAGCUGUACGACUCCUGCAAGCAAGAUAUAAACAAGUUUUGUCAGAAUGUCCCCUUUGGUAAUGCCCAGGUAAUCGAGUGUUUGAAAGGGAACAAGCGUUACCUGAACCAGCGAUGCCAUCAGAGGAUCUUCAAGCUGCAGGAGGUGGAGAUGGUUGAUCCUGAACUGGACUACCAGCUGAUGAAAGUUUGCAAGCACAUGAUCAGGCGGUUCUGCACAGAGACAGAGGGGAAGAGUGUCCUUCAAUGUCUGAAACAGAACAAGAACAGCGAAAUGAUGGACCCUAAAUGCAAAAUGAUGAUCACAAAGAGACAGAUGACUCAGAAUACAGACUACAGGUUGAACCCGGUCCUGAGGAAGGCCUGUAAAGCUGACAUCCCAAAGUUUUGUCAACCCAUUCUGAGCAAGGCCACACCUGACAAUGAGCUUGAGGGACAAGUCAUCGCCUGCCUGAAACUUAAAUUUGCAGAUCAGCGUUUGUCUUCAGACUGCGAGGGUCAGAUCCGUAUCAUCUUGCAAGAGUCUGCGCUGGACUACAGACUGGAUCCUCAGCUUCAGCUGCACUGCACACAGGAGAUCUCUCGCCUGUGUGCGGAGGAGGCAGCUGCUCAAGAGCAGACCGGCCAGGUGGAAGAGUGUCUGAAAGUCAAUCUGCUCAAGAUCAGACAAGAAGAUUGUAAGAAGGAGGUGUUGAACGUGUUGAAGGAGAGUAAAGCCGACAUCUUUGUGGACCCUGUCCUUCAUACUGCCUGCGCUCUGGACAUCAAACAUCACUGUGCUGCCAUCCCUCCUGGCAAAGGACGGCAGAUGUCGUGUCUGAGGGACACACUGGAAGACAAACGUGUGCGCCUUCAGCCCGAGUGUAAAAAGAGACUUCAGGAUCGCAUCGAAAUGUGGAACUUUGCAGCGAAGGUGGCUCCUGCUGAGGGCUUCUCAGACCUUGCUGCGCAGGUGAUGACGUCACCAUCUAAGAAUUACAUCCUGACGGUGAUCGGCGCGGGUGUGACGCUGCUCUUCCUCAUGGGGCUUCUUUGCGGCCGCAUCACCAAACGCGUCACUCAGGAGCUGAAGGACAGGUAGACCCCGCACAUGCCGAGGGUCCGGAAGUGCCCACGGGAGAGAUGACCACCACUGAACAGAGACUCCCUCCCUCCAUUCGCAGCGGCGGUUUGACUCCGACUCCUCAUUUGUAAACUCUUGCGGCUGCGCUGCUGGCGGCCAUGUUGGAGUCACCCACAACAGUCUGCCUCAUCGUCAGACGUCCACUCCAUGUCAGUCUGCACACUUCUCAUUGGCCCACACCUGCGUCGUCACUCCGCCCAGUUUUGUCUGAACCCGCCCACUCCUGUUGUCUUUUCAUCCUGGGCUUCCACCGACUCUUCCUCCCCACCCCACAGCUCGUGGUGACGGCUGUGUUGGAAGUCCAGCUCACAGGAGGAGACUCUGAAAUGUAAAUGUGUAGAAAGUGGAAUUCAAAUUGACUCCAGUAUUUUGGUGAUGUGUGUGUCAUGCGCGCGUCUGACUGAGCGGUGCGUCCGUGCGUCUUUGUACAACUUCUUGUUUGUUGUUGCUGAUCCCCCAUUUUUUUUUUUUUUUUUUUUUUUUUUUUGUUGCUUACUUGUCGCCAUUGGACUGCCUAGUGGGUGGUGCCAACCAGCCCUCCGCCUCCGAGCCACAAAUGAAGAGCGUCACACUCCAGCCAGCUACAUGCCGCUCUCCCCCCUUAAACCAGGGUCGAAAUCUCUCACGACUCUCCUCCAAAUGCAGUUUUCCUAUCCACCCCCACCCACCCAGCCAGCAGCUGUUGGACAUCACUUCCUGCCACAUGAUUCCCCACAGGUGAUGAGUGGGAACUUAAACUCGGACCGGUGUGUUUAACAAAUACAUCGAGUUUGUAUUGUGUAUGGUCCAGCUCUUGACUGGUGGAGGAGCAGCGCAGGAAAAAAAAAAAACGGACAAAAAAAUCUAGAUAUGAGAUGUGAAGAUUUUGUGUAAAGAUACUGGAAUCAUUGCACAUGUUUCUUUUUUUAUAUCUAUAAGUAUAUAUAAUAUUUUGUCAUAGCCUUAUUUAUUGUUUGAUUCUUUUUUCCCUUUUUUGUUGAAUGUUCUUUGGAUGCCUUUUUUAGCCAGCUAGCAAGCAUCGCUCCAUCAGUGUGGGGGGUGGAGACUGGAAUUUUCUUACAGCCCUUGAAAGCCUCUCGGGCUGCUGGUGGUGGUGGUGUCACAUUUUUGGUGACCUGCUUUUUUUUUUUUUAAGGGGCUUUUGGUGGUCUGGAAGAUUAGCGUGAUCAUCCAUCCUGUUUGGAGGACCACACCUUUCAUUUUCAAUCGGUCAUGAGGAAGGUUGUGCGUUCCUCCGAGUAAAAAUCGCUGAAGAGAUCAUGCGUACUACAAAGAAUGUAUUUGUCAUACUGUGGUGGCCCUUUUGUUAUCAAUCAAAUGAAGAACUUGAAUCCACAAUUCAAAAGAACGUGAAGCACUCGAGCCAAACAAAAAAGAGGAUGACAAUAUCCAACUUGCCACUCUCAGUUUUGCUGUUACUUUGAAGGAAAAUUGCCUUUUAAAGUUGAUUGUUUCAUUUUAGGGAAAUAUUUUACAUCCUUCAUGGAGAAAAAUACGCGAUUCUGCUUCAGAAUAGGAUUAUAACGGAAACUAAUUGGUAAGAUGUUUUUUUAAUAUGCUUUAGCAUUUGUGUACGCAAAUAAAUCAUUUGACGAAAAGACAUUUACCUGCUUAAUUUGCAAGCCAUUGGAAAAUAAAGAAUAAAAAUAAAAAAUCAGGUUGCACAUAAAAACAGGCAAAACAUGUUCAUCAGUAGAGUUUAGAAAAAGAAAGAUAGCUGCACGCUUUGGACUUGGGCACUUUGGGCAUCAAAGUUGCCACCCGUUGCUUUACUUGUGUUAUGUACCUAAAAAAAAAAAAAACAUAAUUCAGUGAGGUUUUAAAUGUUACCAAGAUAGAGAACGGGGUGGAAUUCUUCACUCAUGGCAAAGAUCAAUUCUUGAGUCGAUUCCUGAUCUGGUUGUGCCUCUAGCUUGCGUUUUCAGAGUGCAAAGAGCAAAUACAUGUGUGAAAGCAACACUACUAUUGACAAAUGUGGAACAGCAUACGGCUUGUUUCUUAGCCCCGCCCUCCCACUUGUUACUCAGACCACACCUGGUUGGUCUAGCUGCCUUCGCUGUCAUCUGCUUUUAACUGUUUGAAUUUUCAUUUUCGUUUCAAAUGUGCCUAAACUUGCAGUCCCUUUGUGGGAUCCCUCCAAACUCCCAGAAGCCCCUGCGCUCGAUCAAGGGCCCCUACAUGUGUGCGAGCAUGUGUGUGUUUGCCGGAGUAAAUGAUGUUGGCUCCCCUAACUGAGCAAUGUUACACAAUUGUUGACGACAAUUUUAAUUUUCUAAGCAAUGUUUGAGUUCUGAGCAUUUUUGUUUUCUCUUUUUGAUCUCUCUUUUUUGUGGUUCUGUACAGAUGCAAAUUGAACAGUUUGUUGAUAAUAAUAAAGUCUGCAAGGUUUCUA